GAGCAAGCAGAACAAAUAAACAGGAAGUUAAGUGAAGAGAUUAAUAGCCUCAAACAGGACGUUGGCAAGUUUGAAAAGGGAUGGAAUGAAGCAGAAACACAACUUAAGGAAAACAACAAAGCUUAUACAGACUUAUUGGAUAUAAGAAAUCAACUUCUUCAAAAUGUGUCUAAACUGGACAGCGAUGUAAAGAAGUAUCAACAAGACAUUGAAAAUAGAGAUAGUACUAUCAUGUCACUGGGAAAUGAUCUGACAAGCAUAUCCAAAGAACAUAACGAUUUGAAAAGCAGAUUUAGCAAAUUAGCGGGUCACAUGCUUACUGAUCAAAACCCAGAUAUCGCUGAUCUUAGUGAUCCUAACAGAGCCAUGAAGUUGUCUGACAAGUUUGGAGCUUUGUAUGAUGAUGCAUGGACAGAUGCGUUUGAAGACCUUACCAACAAACAGAAACAGAAACCAAAUGAGGCCAUACGAUUUCUUUUGGAAAGCUUGAAGGAAUGUUGGGGUAUGUGUAAGAAAGAGGCUGAAACAUGGAUGUACUCUCUUCAGAAUGUAUUUGCUCAUCCUGUACAGGACAUAGAGGCCGUAAGUAAAAUGCAAGGAAGUAAACCAGUAGUGCGGCUUGGGUCAAAGGACCAGCGUGUCAUCAGAGAUGCAUGUCGAAAGAUUGCACCAACGGUUGGAGUACUAGUGAAACAGUGUUUCAUAAUGAAAAUGAAGAAAAACCAGAAGUUGAGUGAUGAUUGCUUGAAAUACCUCGAAGGAUGUGUUGAUGUUUGUUGGCUAAUGGUAUUAGCUGAACCUCCCCUCCAUAUUGAUUUCAAUAUAAAAAAAGGCGACAAAUUUGAUGCUAAUCGACAUACUGCACACUCCGAAUCGGGAGACACAGUCCAGUUUCUGGUCUGGCCACCACUGUACAAUGCUGAAGAAGGUGGUGGCAUGCUUUCUAAGGGAACUGUUUCAACUGAGAGAAAAGUAGGAAAGCCACCUAAAAAAUAAUUGUCAAGUAGCUUAAUUUGAUCACUGGUAAAUGCAUUGUUUGUAACAAUAAACAUAAUCCAGUUUAUUGAUUCGUCCAGAAUCAUGUUAUGUAUUUGAAGGUAUAUGAACUUCAGUUAAAUAUAUUUAGCUUCCCUGAAAUGUGGAAGGACUUUUGUUCUUGUAUGACUGUGGAAACCUUUUUUGAGACUGAACUUCAUCAAUUAUCUGGAAAGCAUCACUUAAGUGUAGCUUCCUUUGAUAUAACAUCAUUUAUUUAUUUACCAAGCUUUUGUACUUGUAAGCUUUUCUGUAUUGUUUGUAAUGUUGGUUUAUGUAUUUUUUAUCCUUGAUGUUUAAAGCAACACAAAAAAAGUGAAUUUAAAUUAUGUUGAUGCAAUUGUUAUUAUUUGUUUUUGAAGGUUUGAAUGUCAGUUCAAUGUUUAAUUUCUGCUCCAUAACUUCUAGUGUGAUGACAAAAUUGAAUAUAUUGGACAUUUAUUCCCCAAGACCAGACACAUACAUUACAAAAUGUGUGUCCAUUAAAGAUCAAGGUGAUGGUUCAAUAGCAAUUUGCAACAGCUCUGCAGAAAAAAAAAACAUGUUUUGCAUGUAAAUGUUGGAAGCAUGUUCAUUUUACUUUUGAUAAGACUAUGUUUGAAGCAUAUGCAUGGGUGAUUAUUUCCAAAUUUGUUAUCUAUUCUUAUUUAAUUUUAUGUCAUUUUAUGAUUUCAACGUAUAAGAUUAUUUUUAUGCUCCCCCAAAUUUUUUUUUGGGGUGGAUCAUAUAGUCGCCGCCUCGUCUGUCCGUGCGUGUGUCCGUUUGUCCGUCCGACCAUGCACAAUUUUUGUCCGGGCUAUUUCUCAGCAAUGAAUGACCGCAAUUCAAUUAAACUUUAUGGGAAGCUUCACUACCAAGAGGAGAUGUGCAUAUUAUCAGCCGGUUCUGGUCGGAUGAUUUUUCACAGAGUUAUGACCCUUUGAAAUUUUCCAUUAACUGUUCAUAUAGUGCAAUUCUUGUCCCCCCAACUACUAAACGUUUCCUUUUAUCUGAAUAUAUAGUGCAAUAUUGUGACAAAAAAAACCUUUGGGGAGCAUCACCCCUCUCCGACGGUUUCUUGUUUUAAAAUAUUUUUAGACAUUUUUAUGUCCCCCACCACUAUUGUUUUUGCCCUGUCUGUUGCUUUGUGUGUUUGUUUGUUUGCGUCAAACUUAAACAUUUGCCAUAACUUUUGCAAUAUUGAAGAUAGCAACUUCAUAUUUGGUAUGCGUGUGUAUCUCAUGGAGCUGCAUAUUUUGAGUGGUCAAAGGUCAAGGUCAUCCUUCAAGGUCAAAGGUCAAAUAUAUGGGUCAAAAUUGCUUAUUUAAAGGGACCUUUUCGCAGAUUUUGGCAUAUUUUGAAGUUUGUCAUUAAAUGCUUUAUAUUGAUAAAUGUAAACCUUGGAUCUUAAAAGCUCCAGUAAAAAAUCAAGAAUAAAAUUAAAACAAAGAAAAAAAAGUAGCCGGUACCAGGGCUCGAACCAGUGAGUCCUGGAGUUAGUCUGAUGUAAAAACGCAUUAGCCCUCUCGGCUAUUCCGCCGAGCAUACACGAAUAAGUCUGUUAUACCUUAUAUAAGCAAUCUUCAUAGUUUCGUAAAUUUAAAAGACAACAACAGAACUUUCCAAAUUAUUCAAUCGUUUCGCGUUGCAACGCUUUAUAUUUUUUAGGUUUUCGAAUCGUUAAAAGAUACAUAUAAUGGCUAUAUUUUUACUAUGGUAAAUGUUCAUUAAUACUGUUUCCUCACAAAUAUCAUAACUAAAACGAACAUUUGCGAAUCUGAAACAACUUUUUUCAAUUUUGUCAAUUUACCAAACCGUGAAAAGAUCCCUUUAAUGUUCAUUUUUGCAAUAUUGAACAUAGCAACUUAAUAUUUGUCAUGAUUGUGUAUCUCAUGGAGCUGCAUAUUUUGAAUGGUGAAAGGUCAAGGUCAUCCUUCAAGGUCAAAGGUCAAAUAUAUGGGUCAAAAUCGCUUAUUUAAUGUACACUUUUGCAAUAUUGAUGAUAGCAACUUGAUAUUUGGCAUGCAUGUGUAUCUCAUGGAGCUGCAUAUUUUGAGUGGUGAAAGGUCAAGGUCAUCCUUCAAGGUCAAAGGUCAAAUAAAUGGGGACAUAGUGUUUCACAAACACAUCUUGUUUAAUGUAUGUGUUUGUAUGUAAUACUGACUAUAUCAUAUAAUGAUGUCAAUUAUGUGAUUGUUAUUAUAAAGCUUGUUUUAUGAGAAGCUAAACCUGUAUAUUAAGUUUAUGUUACAUAGCUCAUAAGAAUGGCACUUGAAUGAUAUUCAUGGUCUAUCAUUCGUUACUUAUUUUUAAUAAAUUAUACUUUUGGGAAUCAUUGGAUUAUUAAAGUUUCCAUUACCUUAAUGAUACACUUACUCAACAUCAUAAUGUUCUACUUGUUAUUACAUUCAGUUUACUGUAUAUAGUAUACCUGAUGACCAGUUGAAGUGUAACACUCAGGACUGAUACUUAACAGUCACAAUCAAUUGUUAAAUCGACAGUUUUGUUUUAAAUUAUGAUUGAGAUAUUGUGAUGUUAUUGUGUGUGAAUGGUAAAUGUUCUGAUACCUUUAAUUGAAACAAGUGUUUCUGUCUCAUAACUUUAGUUUGGAUUGAGGGUUUGUUCUUUAAUUAUGUUUGUAGGACUUAGACAUGCAGACCUCGAGUGGGAUUCAUUUGGUACCGGUUGGGUCAAAGUCAAUAUGAAAAGAGAUAAAUAAAAUUAUCAUCAAUAACUCUAGUUUGGAUUAAGGUAUUGGACUGUAUCAUUGUGUGAUUUUAGCUUCCAAGCAUACACUGCUCUUACACUUUAUUAAAUGCAACUUAAUGAAUUGGCAAUAGUUUGAAAAUCUUAUUUUUUGUAUGAUCACUAUUUAUAAAUUUAUAUGUAAUAAAUACGUCAGCUAUUCCUCUUCAAAUAUGUUUUUUUGGACAAAUAUCAGGUCACUAACAGAAAAUAUACAUUAUACAAUGUACUAUCAAAGCGGAGAAAUAGUCUUUGGACAGCUCCUGUUAAAUGACUAACUGCUGCACAAAACUGUUUUGCAGCUUUUUUCACUUUAUUUGGUAAAACAAAGACAUCAUUUGGCUUGAAAUAUAUUAAGUUUACCUGCAAAUGUAAAUUCUUCUAUAAACUGGAAAUAGUGCCCACGGCAAAGUAAGUGUAUACCGGAAGUAAUUUAAAGGUAUAUGACAUCACUUAUUUGUUUUGUUGGAAUCAAAUGUUGGUCAAACAUGGCAUGCCUUUUAAUUAUUUGUCAAUUUGAUGAACCUGCAGGAAACAUAUCUACGGAUAUAGGUUUAAGGUCCCUCGUUUUGGAAGUUCAAUCUUAAAAUUCACAUUGCAUUGUCCAUUUCAAGUCGAUGUUUUUUGCCUAAGGGUGAUUGUAAUGUUAAUUAACAUGAUUUGUUUGUUAAAGCAUUCUUCUGUGUCUGUAACGUCUCGCAUGUAAUAAACAAGUCCGCUGAUCCAAUGCAGUAUUUUGGAGAGUGAUUACAUGCAAUAACAUGCUUUCAUUUGUUAUGCACAUGGCAAGAAACGAAAGCAAUCAUGUCAGUCUAGCUUGAAUGGAAUUUAUAUGCAUUUUGAUUGUCUUGAUAUAUUUUUCUGAUUGGUUCUUUGGUUUGAGUGUUUUGUAAAGACGUGUAUGAUUUAAUAAAUUAAUAUAUAAAA